AUGACCACAACUUCUAUACAAGACCGAACAGCCGAAUUCAGAGCUGUUCUAGCCCAGGCGCAAAAGCGCCAGUCUUCGACAAAGAUUGGCGCUCAGAGACAAUCGCUACUUACUGAGUCACAAAGGAGAGCAGCCAAUGGGUCUCCCAAUGGCGAUAUCAAAGGGGCAAGAAGAGGCGCGCGGUCAGAAUUUGCCAGAAGAGCUGCGGAGAUAGGGCGUGGUAUCACGGGAACAAUGGAGAAGCUGGGCAGGCUGGCUGAAUUGGCGAAACGGAAAACGCUGUUCGACGACAGGCCUGUUGAAAUCAACGAGCUCACCUAUGUCAUUAAGCAAGAUCUCUCGUCACUCAAUUCGCAAAUAUCCUCCUUACAAUCACUGUCGAAGUCACAACAAACUCAAACUUCAAGAAAUGGCGCAGAACAAGAGGGAGAGCAUAACAAGAACGUCGUUGUACUGCUGCAAGGCAAGCUUGCCGGCGUAGGAGUCAACUUCAAGGAGGUCCUAGAAGUCCGCACGAAGAACCUCCAGGCCUCUCGAUCGCGCACAGAAAACUUUGUCUCUUCCGUUUCAGCACAUUCUCAACCACCGCUCAAUCCGGAGCAAUCUGCAUCUCCCCUAUACAAUACUCCUACAAAAUCCAGGACGCCACAGCCGGGCUACCAAAAUUCGAAUCACGACAUACUGAAUCUUGAUCCUGGCUCGUCCUCAGCGCUGAUGCAAACAGGUGCGCAAUCGGACCAACAACUCUUGAUGAUGGAAGAAGCACAACCGCAAAAUACGUACAUAAAUAUGCGAGGUGAAGCAAUAGACAUGAUUGAGCGCACUAUCAAUGAAUUAGGGGGUGUUUUCGGGCAACUUGCGGCUAUGGUAUCUGAGCAAGGCGAACAGAUACAGCGGAUAGACGCCAACACAGAAGAUGUGGUCGAUAACGUCCAGGGCGCGCAACGCGAGCUCAUGAAAUAUUGGUCGAGGGUUUCUGGUAACAGGUGGCUUGUGGCCAAGAUGUUCGGCAUUCUUAUGAUCUUUUUUCUACUAUGGGUUCUCAUUGCUGGCUAA